AUGCCUAGUGGGCCUCAAACUGCGACUCGCAUACGCUAUGGGUUGUACCUUACCUUCAUGUUCCUGGGAGAGAACCGCUCCCAAACCCCCAUAGCUAGCGUCCACUUCCAAUAUAAAAGACAAGAAGUUGAGAAGAAGUUGGCUCAACAACCACAACAAAAAUCUAAUUUCAAACUGCCCUAUAAGGAUAAUUCUCACAAAAAGCAGCAGGGGGCUCAGGAGGCAGAGCCACAAGGAGCAGAGCCACAGGAGGAGGAACCACGGAAGGCUCAGGGGACGGAGUCGCAGGAAGUGGAGUCGCAGGGGAUGGAGCAGACGGAGCUGCAGGAGGAGGAGUGGAGAGAGACGCAGGAGGAGGAGCAGAUGGAGCCGCAGGAGGAGGAAUGGACAGAGCCACAGGAGGAGGAGCGGACGGAGACACAGGAGGAGGAGCGGACGGAGACACAGGAGGAGGAGCGGACAGAGCCGCAGGAGAAGGAGCAGACAGAGCCGCAGGAGUCUCAGGAGGAGCGGACUGAGCCGCAGAAGGAGGUGACUCAGAGGUCAGGGCAUCUGGGGACGUAG